AUGUGUCCUUAUCUGUCAUUUUUUCCAAAUCAAACUGUAGCUAAUGAAUUAAAGAACGGGUUUGAAUUAGGCAUUUAUCUAUAUUAUGAAGGUCCAAGAGUGUCAACAACCUGUAAAAAUUUAGUUUCUGUGAACGAUCACCCAAAAGAGGUAAAAGAAAAAAUUGACAAAGAAAUUUCUUUGGGUCGAAUAGCAGGUCCUUUCAAUCAUGAACCUUUGUCCAAUUUAAGGCUAUCACCUAUUGGAGUAGUGUCAAAAAAGGAUGGGGGUUGGCGUCUCAUUCACCACCUUUCAUAUCCUUCUAAUUUCAGUGUUAAUGAUUUCAUAGACCCUGAAGCUUGUUCUGUUCAAUACACUUCUUUUGACGAGGUUUUAGACAUGGUAGGGUCACUGGGAAAGGGGGCUUAUCUGGGAAAAAUGGAUGUGAAAGCAGCUUUUAGAUUACUUCCGGUUCACCCUUCUGACCAUCAAUUACUUGGUGUCAAGUUUAAUGAUCAAUAUUAUUACGAUAUGUGUCUACCAAUGGGUUGUUCAAUUAGUUGUGCUUUAUGGGAAAAGUUUGCACAUUUUAUUCAGUGGGUAGUAGAAGAAAAAACUGGAGUUCACACUCUGAACCAUUACUUAGAUGACUUCAUAUUUGCUGGGUACACAUUAGAAACAUGUAACCUGUUAAUGUUAUCAUUCAAAAAUACCUGCUCUGCUUUUGGCAUCCCUCUUGCAGAAGAGAAAACAGAGGGCCCAAAAUCGGUACUUCAAUUCCUGGGUAUAGAAAUCGAUACAGAUAAGAUGGUUGUUCGAAUUCCUGAAGAAAAAAUUAUCGACCUGGAGAAAUUACUGCUUGAUAUGUUACAAAAAACAAAAGUUACGCUUAGAGAAUUACAAUCUUUGGUAGGUUCUCUGAUUUUUUGUGCUAAAGCUAUUCCAUCUGCUAGGGCCUUUAAUAGAAGAUUUUGUGAUGCUAUGUGUUGA